AUGGUAAAGGCAAAUGACAAAAAACUAACAGAUGACCAAAUUACCGAAAUCUCGGAAGCAUUUGAACUAUUUAAGAAUAACGAAGGCAAAAUCGAUAUAGAUCAAAUCAAAUAUGCAUUUAGAGCACUAGGUAUCGAAGAACCCACAAAAAAUAUUGUAAAGAAUAAUCAAAAGUCAAUUACAUAUAACACAUUUUUAGAAUUAGUUUCACCUUUAAUUCCAAAAAGAGAUAGACUAUCAACUCUAGAACAAGCAUUUAAAUUAUUUGAUAAAGAUGAUUCCGGUAAAAUAACAUUUGAAGAUUUAAAAUCUGUUGCAAUUAAUUUGGGUGAAGAAUGUACCGAUAAAGAACUUAGAGAAAUGAUACAAUAUGCCGACCAAAAUGAUGAUGGUGCUGUGGAUAAAGAUGAUUUUUUUUCCCUAAUGACUGUUGGAAAGAAAAUUUUAUAA